AUGAAUGCCAAGGGACUCAUCUUAAAAGCAUUUGACCAGUACCGCCUUAAAAGCUGCAUUGACUUUAGGCCAUGGGAAGGUGAAAAAGACUAUAUAGCAGUAAUCAAAGGAAGGGGCUGCUGGUCCUAUGUAGGAAACCUGCAUAUUGGAAGACAAGAGCUUUCAGUUGGCUCUGACUGUGAUCGAAUUUCAAUAAUUGAGCAUGAAUUCCUUCAUGCACUGGGAUUUUGGCAUGAGCAUUCAAGAUCAGACCGAGAUGAUUAUGUCAUCAUCAUGUGGGACAGAAUAGAGACUGGUAAAGAACAUAAUUUUCAGAAAUACGAUGAAAAUGAAACCAGUUCAUUAAAUGUUCCUUAUGAUUAUACAUCUGUGAUGCACUACAGCAAAACAGCAUUCCAGAAUGGAUCAGAACCAACAAUAGUCACCAGGAUGCCAGAAUUCAAGAACGUGAUUGGGCAGAAUCUGGAGUUCAGUGACUUUGACAUCCAGAAACUGAAUCGGCUUUAUGGAUGUACUUCUUCCAUCACUUUCAUGGAACAGUGCAGCUUUGAACUUCCAAACAUCUGUGGCAUGAUUCAGAAUUCAAGUAGUACUGCUAGCUGGCAACGUGUGUCCAUGGUCAGUGCAGGUCCUUCUACUGACCAUACAUUUAUGGGAGCAUGUAAAGGGUAUGGAUAUUUCAUGCAUUUUAGCACCAGGACAGGCACAGAAAUGUAUAAUGCUUUCCUAGAAACCAGAAUUCUCUACCCUAAGCGAGGACUUCAGUGUUUACAGUUCUAUUACUACAACAGUGGUAAUGAGAAUGACACGCUCAACAUCUUUGUGAGAGAAUAUUCCGGCAAUCAUUUUGACAGUCAUUUGUUACACAUUGGAAACGUAACAGGUAAAACCUUGGGGUUCUGGCAGCUUCAAAUGUUUCAGCUUAAUGUCACUAAAAAAUUCAGAGUUGUUUUUCAAGGGGUUAAAGGCCAUGGAGCAUCAGAUGGUGGCAUCUCAAUCGAUGACAUUAAUCUCUCAGAAACACAGUGUCCUACACACAUCUGGUUUAUUAGAAAUUUUACAUUCCUAUUAAACACCAGUGCAGCUGGAGAUUCUGGGAGAAUUUACAGCCCACGCUUCUACUCUAAGGAAGGCUAUGGAUUUCAGAUUGGCCUUUAUGUAAAUGGAACAACAGAAAGGCCUUCCAACCUGGCAGUAUACUUUCAUCUUACUUCUGGCAUCGAUGAUAGUCAAAUGCAAUGGCCUUGUCCAUGGAAACAAGUCACUAUGCUACUGCUGGAUCAAAACCCAGACAUUCGUCAUUGCAUGUCAAAUCAGAGAAGUAUAACCACAGAUCCUACAGAAGUCAUAAGAGAAGGCAGUUCUGCUUACUAUUUCUGGGACAACCCUUCAAAGACAGGAAUUCCUGUCACUGAUCCUAAUGGAGAAAAAUAUUUUAGAGGACCAGGAAAAGGAACCAGUGCCUUUAUAACACAUGACAGAUUACACAGCAGAGACUAUAUAAAAGGAGAUGGCGUUUAUCUUCUUAUAACAAUGGAAGUUGACAUUGGCUUAGGAUUUGGCCUAGGAACCGAGGUAUGGGCUGGGGCAGAAGAAGUCUCGGUCGGCCGACCACAUAAUGGUUCCCCCUCAAUGUCGGUUGAGGCCUGCGUCUGGGUCAGCUCCACUGACGUGCUCUCCAUAGCUGCAGUAGUGGGCUCUUCCAGAGGAUCUGUCAAAGCUGAUGGAAGAAUCGUCAGUCCUUCGGCCCCUAAAUCGGUAUUUGGCGGGACAUCUGAUGGGGGAGUGGCAAUGGGAGUAGGCCUGGAAACUUUGGCCUUCUUCCUCAGUUGUUCAGAUUGGGCGGCCGAUUUGGGAUCCAUUCGGCAAGCAAGGCAUUUCAAUCUUUGA